GGAACUGGUGGAAUGCGAUAGAAUAAGCGCCCGAAUUAUUAUGAACGGUUUGGUUCCGUAGCUUGCUAGCGAAGGAGAUCGCUUUCUGGAGACUUUGGGGGUGACCGGUGACCAUUGUUACUUGAUUCUUAGCUUCCUCCCUUUUCUUCUCUUUUUUACUUUUUAGUUCACGAUAAACUUGCGCGCUACAAGUUUUCAUUUUGUACCACGACCCAUCCACGAUUUUUUUCACAGCAGUCCAAUGGAUCAGCACCAGCACCAGCACCAGCAGCACAUAACCGAUGAUCACAACCAAAAUCUCGGACAUGCAAGUCCUUAUGGAUUCUAUCCAGCCGAGCAAGAAUCAUCUUACAGCCUCGCGUACAACCACCACGCGAUGCAGCACCAGCAGUCUUUUCCUGUCGUGCAGCAUCCUAACCCUCAUCAUCCUCGCCAUCUAUCUGCGCCAGACUUGCAUCAAGGCCUGCAGUUCCAUAAUCUUAGCCUCAUGCCCACGCAUCAAACGCAUCAAUAUCCGCCACCCGUGUAUACCUCAUCGCCACAACAUGUGUCAAUGAAUCUGCCUGCUGGCUCACCCCCUCCGCCCUCACCUCACAUGUACGAUCCUUUGUCCCCACCCAUUUCAGGAUCUGACACAUCAGCGGACGGCCUUUACCACCACCAUUCGAGAAACAGCAGCGGGACAGGCUCCCCAUCGUCAUCCCGUGGACCUAGUUUAGUUCAUCGCCAAUCUCUUCGCUACAACCCCACCCCUUCCCCUACCACUAGUUCUUCUGGGCGUCGUGGCCGUGCUCGUUCCUUAAACGAUUCAGACGACGAAGACAACAUGGGCGCUACAUACGUAGAGAACUUGGCUCACACCAGAAAGGAGGCAACACGCAGACAGCGCAUCGAGGCUGAGCAAAGGCGUAGAGACGAAUUACGCGAUGGCUAUGCCAAAUUGAAGGACGUCUUACCUGUUUCUAACCAGAAGAGUAGCAAGGUGUCGCUACUCGAGCGAGCUACCAAUCAUAUCAUCUUUCUGGACAAACAGACACAAGAUAUGCAGGCUCGUCUUAUUGUGCUGGAGCAGGAGGUGCAGCGCCUUCGUGCCGUCAACGAGAAAAUCUCGCUUGGCACUAGCAGCUCCCCUUCGCCAGGAAAUAUUCAUGGCGUUGAUGCUCGGCCGUUGUCGCCUCCCCCCGAGCCUGGGAUGCAAAAUCAUUCUCUCGCUCAUGUUCAAGGCCAGCAGCCCCCGCGAGAGGAUUCGCGCAGUCCUGCCUCGGAUUACUGAGAUGCUGUGGUUUGCGCCAUUUCCAACGGACGCUGCUGCCAUCCAUUUUCAUCAUUUUCUGCAUCUUGUUUCACUGCACAUCAUGUAUUUCUUAUUCGUGUUUUACGGCUCAGCGGUGGGAGAAGUCGAGAGGUAUCUAGCUUUGGAGGAGGCAGGUCGAGGAGUAGGCGCUGGUGACGUUUUCUGCGCUAUGCGCAGUACUAUUGUCAAUCCGCCCUCCUUCGAGCUCCCAUACAACUUGAUGUUGCAGGAUCGAUACGAAUUCUCGCCCCUCUCGAUCCGAGGAAGCGCUUGAUUACCCCAAUCGUGCUUAGUCUCGUUGAUCGAUAGGCGUUUGAGACCGUGUCUCCACCUCACAUCACCUCGUGGAUGCUCUAGUCCCCAGCGGACUGUCGCUUCCUCAAAGCUUAAUCCCCAACCGCCAAGUAUUCGGGCCACUCAUCCCAUUCUAUCACUAACAUGUAUU